AUGAAGCAACCUAAAGCACAACUUGGUGUAUUGAAUCAAUUUAUGAGCGAAACAAGGGCAUCUAUUAGAAGUUUAGAGACUCAAACUGGAAAAUUGGCUACUUUGAUAAAAAAUAGGGCUCAAAUAAAUCUGCCUAGCACUACUGAAGUAAACCCAAAAGAUCAGUGCAAUGCAAUCUCUUUGAGAAGCAAAAAGGUAACAGAUGAACCCACACAAAAAGUGAUUUCUAUAGAAAAAGUGUUUGACAAGGAGAAUAAAGUGAGUGGGUCAAAGGUUAAUGAGAAGCUUGAGAAGAAGCAACUAGAAACAAGUAUUGAUCACCACAUCAAGAUCCCAUAUCCUCAGAGGUUUCAAAUGAAUAAGUGUGACAAGCAGUUUUCCAAGUUUUUAGAUAUUUUUCAAAAGCUUCACACUAAGGUGUCGAAGAAAAGGAAACUAGAGGACCAUGAGAUAGUGGCACUUACUAAGGUGUGCAACACAAUACUCCAAAAGAAGCUACCUUCCAAGCUUAAAGAUCCAGGCAUGUCUGUUGAUAUUGGUAGGAUUAUAGCCUUACAAAUCCAUUCUGCUUUGUUCACUCAAAAUGUCGGGUUAUAUUUUCCUAGUUUGAUAACUAGCCUUUGUCAGAAAGCGGGGGUUGAAUUUGAUGAGACUAAGGAACUUUUGACUCAUUUGAUUUAUGACAUUGUGCAGAUUAAGAAGAAAAAAAUAGUUGGUUCUGCUAGUGUUGCUUCUGCAGGUGGCACUUCGUCUCAAGCUCGGCCUAGACAUACUUGUCCUUCUUCUUUGGAGGAGAGGAAGAGUAGAUUAGAGCUAAAUUUCUAG